GUGUGGGAUGUAUAACUACUUUGACAAAGGGCUGCAGCCCAAGCAGAGUAUGCUAGAGAGCCUCUUGGAAAUUAAGAAGCAGAGAUCAAUGCCGGAAGCAGAUGUGCACAAACUAGAAAAGAAAGUGAAAGACCAUGAUGAGCCACAAGAAGAAUUCUGUACCUGCUCUCAAUUAGGGCAUUUAUCAUCUCAACACCUGGGAACUCCUUUAACCAAUCCUCUCAGCUUUAUGGGUAUUGAUGGAGACCUGAAUACCUUGAUGGAGAGUGGCACUCUUUCUAGGGAAGGAGGCCUUCGAGUUCAGAUGGAUCAAGUAAAAAUCCAGUGUGCAGACCUCCACCCUGACUAUUAUGGGACCAUGGGCAGCCUUAGGGCCAUAAACAUUUCUGGGGAUGUCGGCUUCUCUGGAGACACAGGCAUCUCUGGGGUCUCAGGCAUCUCUGGCAACAUGGGAACCUCUGAGGCUAUGGGCUUCUAUGAAGACAUCAGCGUCUCUGGGGCCAUGAGCUUCUCUGGGACCACAGGCAUCUCUGAAGACACAGGACUCUCUAAGGCCAUCACCAAGGAGGCAGGUUUCUCUAAGCAACAGUGAGCUAUUCAUCUGCUUCCAUAUUAGGUGCAACUGCAACACCCACAAUGAUCCUUGUCUCAAAAAAGGCUGUGCUGCUUUUCUGAUUGGAUUAAAUGGGCAGGGCCAGGGCACCCCUCCUCCCAGUUAAGAGUCUGGAAGGGGAUUUAGGGCCUUUACUAGUUAAGCAACCAGUAUAUGCAUGUCAAGCAGGCCAGAAUAUAGACAAGAGAAAGAAUAUGUUAUUAUUCUAGAAUGGGAUUUAGCUUUAAAAAUAUUGCUUUUCGGGCUUCCCUGGUGGCGCAGUGGUUGAGAGUCCGCCUGCCGAUGCAGGGGACACGGGUUCGUGCCCCGGUCCGGGAGGAUCCCACGUGCCGCGGAGCGGCUGGGCCCGUGAGCCAUGGCCGCUGAGCCUGCGCGUCCGGAGCCUGUGCUCCGCAACGGGAGAGGCCACAGCAGUGAGAGGCCUGUGUACCGCAAAAAAAAAAAAAAAAAAGAUCCAUGUGUGCUUGGUGGUUUAGAACAUAUAAGAAAAUAGUUUUCUUAAGUUACAACACUUGUUUUCCCCAACUCACACCCUGGUUAGGUCUCAGCCAAAUCCCUUUUUCAUAGAUAGCCCAUUGAUAAACUUAAAUCCACUACAUUCUAAAAUGAUCAAUUCCAAAAUAGUGAGGUCUGAAUUAAUAAUAUUGAUCAAUAGCAUUCUCAACAUCAGUUCAGGAGACAACUGAAAAUCUCAGUGCUUUAAACCCUGGCUUGCACAUGGCAUAUGUGCUCAUCUAAGUUUUCCUAAAACAGGACUGU